GAAGCAUUCAGUGGGUCAAUGACCGACCGUUCUUGCCGAACCACCGCCGACUUAUUAUUGAUUCCAAUCCUACCUCAGUCACACUCACUACAUAGCCGCUAUAUUUUCCACUGUCUUCUUCCUUUUUUCUCUCCUCACAUUUCGACACCGCCAAUCUCGCUUUUCUCUUGCUGUGAAAGGCCCAAUUGCUUGUGAAUUGUCUCACUUCUCACGGCUGAUUGUAAGCCCUUGUUCGCUUUUUCGCACGUCUGGCAUAUUUGCCCCUCCACGUUCGAAAACACCACGUUUUGCCCCUCUGAUUCACUCGACGAAGGCAUUGUCCUCUCAGUUCUACGAAUACUGUCGAAUACACGCAACAAUGGAUGCUGUCCUUCGUCAGUCCAAGGCCAUGUGCCCUUUCAUGAAGACGGCCACGCCUGCCACUCUGCGUGCCUUGUCCACCUCGACUCGUGCCCUUCCGGCUCCCGCCUCUCCAUGCGGCGGCACCAUGUCCAAGCUUCAGCUGCUUGGCCAGCGAUGCCCUGUCAUGGGAAAGGCCAUGGCCGUUCAGACCGCCAAGAGCCGCGCUGCUGGUUCUGUUCGUGCUUUCUCUGGCCACUCUAAGACUGGUAAGGCCAAGAUUCACACCACCUGCAACAAAGAGGCUCGCGCUGUCGACCGCCCGCUCUUUGACGGCCGUGACAAUGCUCCCGCACCUCCUGGUGUUCACGCAACCCGAAAGCCUACCUCUGCUUCUCCGACCGCUGCUGCUGCCGCCGCUGGCUUCCACUCUCCUGGUAAAUUCGAUUACGAAGCAUUCUACAACGCCGAGCUCGAGAAGAAACACAAGGACAAAUCAUACCGCUAUUUCAACAACAUCAACCGUUUGGCCAAAGAGUUUCCCCGUGCGCAUAUGUCUGACAAGGAGGAUCGAGUAACCGUAUGGUGCGCCAACGAUUACCUAGGUAUGGGCCGCAACCCUCAUGUCCUCCGAAAGAUGCACGAAACAUUGGAGGAGUAUGGUGCUGGCGCUGGUGGAACUCGAAACAUAUCUGGCCACAACAGACACGCCGUUGAGCUCGAGAGUACCUUGGCAAAGCUGCACGCUAAGGAGGGUGCUCUUGUCUUCAGUUCCUGCUAUGUCGCCAAUGAUGCGACUCUCGCCACGCUCGGCAGCAAGAUGCCUGAGUGUGUCAUUCUCUCCGACAGCCUGAAUCAUGCCUCCAUGAUUCAAGGUAUUCGCCAUUCCGGCACCAAAAAGAUCGUUUUCAAGCAUAACGAUGUGCAAGAUCUCGAGGCUAAGCUGGCAUCACUUCCCCUGCAUGUGCCCAAAAUCAUCGCCUUCGAGUCAGUCUAUAGUAUGUGCGGCUCUAUUGGUCCUAUCGAGGAGAUCUGUGAUCUUGCCGAUAAGUACGGUGCCAUCACUUUCCUCGACGAAGUCCAUGCCGUCGGUAUGUACGGACCUCACGGUGCUGGUGUCGCUGAGCACCUUGACUGGGAGGCACACGCCAAUGGUGCCCCUCGUGGAACCAUCAUGGACCGAAUUGACAUUAUUACUGGCACUCUGGGCAAGGCUUAUGGUUGCGUUGGUGGCUACAUCGCAGGUAGCGCCAAAUUCAUUGAUAUGAUCCGGUCAUUGGCCCCUGGCUUCAUUUUCACUACUUCUCUCCCCCCUGCCACAAUGGCCGGUGCUCAGGCUUCCAUCGAGUACCAGAUGGACUUCGAUGGUGAUCGACGACUCCAGCAGCUACACACUCGCGCUGUCAAGGAAGCUAUGAAUGCUCGAGACAUUCCCGUCAUUCCUAACCCUUCUCACAUUGUACCUAUUCUUGUCGGCAAUGCCGAAACUGCAAAGGAGGCUUCCGACAUGCUCCUCAAUGACUACGGAAUCUACGUCCAGGCUAUCAAUUACCCUACGGUUCCUGUUGGCCAGGAGCGUCUCCGCGUAACCCCAACUCCCGGACACAUCAAGGAGUACCGUGACCAGCUUGUUGAGGCUAUCGAUGAGAUCUGGACUCGUCUCGACAUCAAGCGAACCUCUGAUUGGGCUGCUGAGGGUGGCUUCAUUGGUGUUGGCGAGCAGGAUAAUGUGCAGGAGCCUCUGUGGACCGAUAAGCAGCUCAACAUCGAGCAGGCCACCAAGGAGAUUAAAGCUACCGGUCAAGCUGUCAACAGCGUUACCGAAGCUCUUCUUGAGCUUGAGAUCAAGCAGACUUCUCAGGCUGCUACUGCUGCUUAAGCGACGGGAGGAACCCAAGCGCACUGACAUCGUCAAUGGAUGAUGGGCAGUACUCAAAUUCACUUCUAUGCAGAUAUAACACUCGUUUUGAGUUAUCUUUUACCAUUUAUGCUGUCCUCUGGGCAUGCCAAUUGAAUUAUUACCCAUUACCACAUCUUGUGAUAUAUGGAGUAAACACA